AUGGCGAGCAGCGGAGUUCCAAUUAUCAUUUUGAACCAAAACACGAAGAGGGAGUCGGGGAGGAAAGUCCAGCUGGGCAACAUUGAUGCUGGCAAGACUGUAGCUGACAUUAUUCGAACAUGUCUGGGUCCAAGGUCGAUGCUCAAGAUGUUGAUGGAUCCGAUGGGGGGCAUUGUUAUGACCAACGAUGGGAAUGCUAUUCUCAGGGAACUUAAUGUUCGCCAUCCGGCUGCAAAGUCCAUGAUAGAGGUAGCAAGAACUCAAGAUGAAGAGACUGGAGAUGGUACCAAGUCUGUCAUCAUUUUGGCUGGAGAAGUGUUGUCUGUUGCUGAACAGUUUAUCCAGCAGCAGAUGCACCCAACCUUAAUCAUUGCUGCAUAUAGGCAGGCCUUGGAGGAUUUACUGGAUGAUCUUAAGCACAAGAUAGAAAUGCUGAAAAUUGUCAAGUCAUGCUUGGGAACAAAAUUCAUCAGCAAAUGGAUGGAUCUGGCCUGCAACAUUGCUUUGGAUGCCACGACAACUGUAGUGGUUGAAGAGAAUAACAGGAAGGAAAUAGACAUUAAACGCUAUGCUAAAGUUGAGAAGAUACCUGGUGGGAUGAUUGAGGACUCUAAAGUACUUAAGGGUGUCAUGAUCAACAAAGAUGUGACUCAUCCAAAAAUGAGAAGGCGAAUUGAAAAUCCUCGUAUUCUCUUGUUGGACUGCAAUCUGGAGUACAAAAAGGGAGAAAGUGUGACAAACAUUGAAAUCUCACAGGAGCAUGAUUUCUCGAAGAUUCUGAAACUGGAAGAGGAAUAUAUUGAGAAGAUCUGCAGUGAUAUCAUUGCAUUGGGGCCCGACCUGGUGAUCACAGAGAAAGGAGUGUCUGAUCUGGCUCAGCAUUAUCUAGCCAAGGCCAACAUCAGUGUGCUCAGGCGUGUUCGCAAAACUGACAAUAAUCGCAUUGCCAGGGCUUGUGGAGCAACAGUUGCUAAUCGCACUGAUGAACUGAAGGAAGAGGACAUUGGUACUGGAUGUGGGCUGUUUGAAGUUGAGCAAAUUGGAGAUGAGUACUUUACAUUUUUGACAGAAUGUAGAAAUCCCAAAGCUUGCACCAUUCUCUUGCGAGGGGCCAGUAAGGAUAUACUGAAUGAGGUUGAGAGGAAUCUUCAAGAUGCCAUGAAUGUUGCUCGAAAUGUCAUGGUCGAUCCUUUCCUUGUACCUGGUGGAGGUGCCACUGAGAUGGCACUUGCUCAGGCUCUAAAUGAGAGAGCUAAAGGAAUCACCGGGGUUCACCAGUGGCCGUAUCGAGCAAUUUCCAGAGCUAUGGAAGUCAUCCCCAGAACACUUAUCCAGAACUGUGGAGCAAGCACCAUCAGAGUUCUCACUGCCCUCAGAGCCAAGCAUGCUCUACCAAAUAAUUCAACUUGGGGCAUUGACGGAAACACUGGUAACAUUGUGGACAUGAAAACUUUUGGAGUCUGGGAGCCAAUCUCUGUGAAACAGCAAGUGUUCAAGACUGCCAUUGAGACUGCCAUUCUUCUGUUGCGCAUUGAUGACAUUGUAUCUGGUGUCAAGAAACAAGGAGGCUCCGGGGAUGGCCCCUCUCAGGAGGCUGCCCAGCCGUCUGAAGGCCCCGAGCCUUGA